UACUGUCUAAUCAUUAUCACCCAAAUUUAAUUAUUUUUUAUUGUGAAUCAUGCUAGUUGAAUACUCUCAUCGAAGAUUAUGCAUAAAAUAACUAACUACAUCAAUUAGAAAGUUUACGUUGAAAAUAUUUGACCGGAUAUUACGUAGCUUCAAAGAUUUGUCAGGCACUCAGGCUGGCAGUUGUCUCAUAGUAUGCCAAACGAUGACAGCUAAUGGCUGUUUUUAUUUAAACUAUCCAACUCUGUUGUCUACCCCUUCACUUCUGUGUACCUGAGUUGUUUUUUAGUGUUUUGUUGUUGUAACCGGUGAACCUACAUGCUACAGUGUCUUCCAAUCGGGGCAAACUUUUUAGCUCCAGCGAGAGGGAAGUCGACUGGGAUGCGGAAGCUAGCCCGGCAGCAGCUAGCCAACAUGGGCGAAGAUAGGGACUCUCUAUUCAUCUCCGCGGACUGUUGGCUUCAUCUACAUUUUGCACACGCCAAGGGUCAAUAGUUGGAUCGUUCACUAACAUUCAGACCUCCUUGCGAUGCUGUAUAUUAUGCAGGCUGCACCUUAAAGUACAGUGUGGGCCACUGAAAACCUGCAAGGUUGCAGACAACCCUUGCAGCCUCUUCUAGAUUUGUUUUCGGUUGUAUGGGAGAGUAAGCUAUGGGAGGCUCUGUGUCCUGCUGCAUUUCCCCGGGAGAGAGUCCCAAGAUCCACAGGAGAGAUGUGGAGUUGGAGGAAUGUCCUUUCACUGCGGAGGAUGUGAGUGAGGACACCGGCACUUACCUGCAGCACAUCAGCGACAGGGAGCUCCCUGAUGAGCUGGCCCAAGAAGCCAACCCAUCCGACCAUGCCAAAGCCAGCACCCUCUUCCUCAACAAGUCUCAAACAGACGUACGAGAGAAAAGAAAAAGCACCUACACGAACCACAUGUCCCCUGCCCUCCUGACCAAGAAGUACAGCUCCUGCUCCACAAUCUUCCUGGACGACAGCACAGUCAGCCAGCCCAACCUCAAGAACAACAUCAAAUGUGUUGCCUUGGCAAUAUACUACCACAUAAAAAACAGAGAUUCAAAUCGCUCACUGGAAAUAUUUGAUGAAAAGAAACAUCCACUGUCGCGUGAGAAAGUUGCAGAUGACUACUCUGUGGUGGACCCCGAGCACAGGCUGAUCUACCGCUUCAUACGCACUCUUUUUGGCUCGGCUCAGCUCACCGCAGAGUGCGCCAUUGUGACAUUGGUGUACUUGGAGCGGCUGCUAACUUACGCCGAGAUUGACAUUUGCCCUUGCAACUGGAAACGGAUCGUUCUAGGUGCAAUCCUGCUGGCUUCUAAGGUGUGGGACGACCAGGCAGUGUGGAAUGUGGACUACUGCCAGAUCCUCAAAGACAUCGCUGUGGAUGACAUGAACGAUAUGGAGCGACAGUUCCUCGAGUUGCUCCAGUUCAACAUCAACGUCCCGGCCAGUGUCUAUGCCAAGUAUUACUUUGACCUGCGUUCGCUCGCCGAUGACAACAACCUUGGCUUCCCUUUGGAGCCACUAAGCAAUAAGAGGGCCCAAAAACUAGAGGCGAUCUCCAGGCUUUGUGAGGACGGGUACAAGUACCUGAACAAAUCCACUUUGAAGAGGUCUCUCAGUGCAGACAACCUAGUUGGGACUAAGAACUCAAAGGCGGUGCUGUCCUAAUUGUACAGCAGCCGUGUUGGAUCCCAUAAGGUAGUGAAGCACCAUCAUGGACGUUUAAAGUAGGAGUUGUUUUAAAAUAAUGGUCAAGUGGUGAAGGCAACCAGCAUGAAGCCACACAAGUUGAUGAUUUGCUGGCUUUUGUUUUAGUCUUUACAAACUGUCCGAUGCAACAGUGAUGGUGUUCCUUACUUGGGAACACAAGUGAACGCUGCCUUGCUUACCGUGUAGGCAAUUAUGGCUGUAAAAUGUAUCAAAUGAAUGAACAUUGGAGAACCAGGCGUCAAACUGUGAUUUGUUCCAAAAACAUCUGUCACAGAUGAGGCUAGAAGAGAUUAGCAGUGGCGUAGGUCAUUAGCUCCCAAAAAACAAAACAUCUUCCCCUUUUAGAUACACUAUUCAUCCUAAAAAACACUUUUGCGUUGACAUUUUCAAGAAAAAACAGAGAAACUGUCGCGGUUUCCUGCUGGGUAUCUGGUAAGUUGCCAUACAUGAGGCCUUUUUCCAUCAAAGUUCAGGAACAUUAAGGUCCUGGAACCUUUAGUUCCUCAAACUAUAGGUUUCUCUAGAAGUGUGUGGUUUGUGUUUCCAUCGCAUUUCACAGUUCUGGGUAGUUUAUACAGAUCAGGCUGACGUAUAGAGGAGUGGUACAGUAUAUUUUUACAUUGAUAACUUGUAAAUAAACAGACAAUAAUAGGUCAUAUUUAUUUUUACUAAAGUGUAAGUAAAUACAAUACAAAGCAAUAAGAUAUCAGGGUUUUUCCUGGCUCAAAAUGAGGCAGAUGUGGUACAAUCCUGACCAUGCGCCAGAAUUUUAACGCCAAAAAAAUGAUAGUUUUUUUCAAUUUACAGUAAUAUGCUGUAAAGAACACCGUAAAAUGUAUUGUCGUUUUUAUUAAUUUGAUGGGUAGUUUGCUGUAAAUUCCUAAGUCAAGCAGCUAUUUAAGUAUUUAUUUUUAUUUAGACAAUGUUUGGAAAGUAUGAUAAUAUACUGUGAUAUUUGUUGCAAUAAUGGAUACCAUUAAAGUUUAAAAGGCAUGCAAUUUCAAGCAGUACAUAUAUUUUUUCUGUCAAAAUGAAAAAAAUCCAUUACAUUUACUGAGAAAAUAUUAAAGG